ACAGCAAUGACACACAAACAUCGCAUUCGUCUCACAUUCAAAUUUAACGAACAUUCAGAAGAGAACAAAUUUUCAAAUAGAUCCGAACAAGAUGGCAGAGCAGUACGGUAUCAGACGCUAAAAAGUGUGUGGCUAAACGACAAUUAAAUCAAUUCAGGACGAGAAGUACAUUUUCGAGCAUUUUUUUUUUGGGACUAAACAACAAAAUUGAUUGACAAAAAUUGAACAAUAUCGAAAAAUAUCAAACAAUUUUGAAGAAAAAGUAAUAAUUCUAAGACAGAGAAAAAAAAAGAAAGAAAACGAUUCAUCACGAAAAAUUGAAAGAUGGUAAGAAAGCAAGCAGUGAAACUAGUUAGCAGCGAAUGCUAUGCUAUCGAAAAGGUUCUUGAUUCACGAUUGAAUGGCGAAUCGAAACGAGAGUAUUUGAUCAAAUGGAAAGAUUUUCCAGAGUCGGAAAAUUCAUGGCAAUCGGUGGAUGACUUGUUUUCGAAGCAAAAGGCAGAACCUGAAAUAACACGUGAUACAGCACAGGAUGCUGUGAUUCAGGCAACGCCAUCGAGAAAACGAAAGUCGUCAACACCACUGAAGGCGCCAAUUGCAAGUACGCCACAGCGUACGCAAAAUGAUGCAUCGGCCGAACAACCAACACCGGAGAAGUCAAUUACAAGAGCAAGAAAGCGUAUGCGACAAAUUGACGAAAUCUCCGAAGCGGCGGCCGAACAGCCAACAAAGAAACGUAUGCGUAAAAGUGUUCCACAGUCAGCUAGUCCUGUUGCAAAUUCGCCGAAGACACGAAAAACGUCAAAACCACCGCUUAAAACUGUGACCAAUAAGAAAGAAGAAGAAGAAACCAAAGAAAUGGAUCGUAUUCAGAGUUUACGCAAGCGUGAAGGUCGCCAUGAAUAUUUGGUGAAAUGGAAGAACAGCGACGAAGAAGAAUGGAUUGGCCGGGAUGUUAUGGUCACCAAGUAUGCGGAAAAUGUCAUCGCUUUCUUCCAAAGCAUCGUCGUUUUCAAAUGAAAAACAUUUGAACGUAAUUUGACAUCACGAUAUAUAUAUAUUUCAUUACUAUGUUUUUUCAUUACAAAGUAGCAGUACUUUCAGAAAAAAGUACAAAUUCAUCAAUAUCAUAAGAGAAAAAAAGUCACAUCAAAUUUAGUUGACUAGAUUAUACGAUGUUCCACACGAUUAUCUAAUAAAAUGUUGUUCUAACAAAAUAAAAGAACGAACGAAAGAAAGAAAA